CGGGGCUGAGGCGGCGGUGGCGGCAGCGGCGGCGGCUGAGACGGCGCGGGGGGAGGGUCGGGAGGGGGGUGGUUGGGGGGGAUGGACCGGGCGCGGCGGCCGCAGCGGCAGGACCCGGCGCUGGAGCUCGAGCGACGGCGCUGGCGGCGACGCCGGCUGCUCCUCCCCUCCUCGCCGCUUUUCCUACAAGGAUUCCUGUACACCUUAGAAGUGCUUGAGGAAGAGUCAUAAAGUUUGCAAAUAAGCAUAUUAAGUCUGCUGAUGGAGCCCUCAGGCAGUGAACAGUUAUAUGAGGACCCUGAUCCUGGAGGCAAAUCCCAAGAUGCAGAGGCCAGAAAACAGACAGAAUCAGAACAAAAGUUGUCUAAAAUGACUCACAAUGCUUUGGAGAACAUUAAUGUGAUUGGCCAAGGCUUGAAGCAUCUCUUCCAGCACCAGCGCAGGAGGUCAUCAGUGUCUCCACACGAUGUGCAACAAAUUCAGGCAGAUCCAGAACCUGAAAUGGAUCUGGAAAGCCAGAACGCAUGUGCUGAGAUUGAUGGUGUCCCCACCCACCCCACAGCUCUGAAUCGUGUCCUGCAGCAGAUCCGAGUGCCACCCAAGAUGAAGAGAGGGACAAGCUUGCAUAGUAGGCGGGGCAAGCCAGAGGCCCCAAAGGGAAGUCCCCAAAUCAACAGGAAAUCUGGCCAGGAGAUGGCAACUGUUAUGCAGUCUGGCCGACCCAGGUCUUCAUCCACAACUGACGCUCCUACCAGCUCCGCUGUGAUGGAGAUAGCUUGUGCUGCUGCUGCUGCUGCUGCAUGUCUGCCAGGGGAUGAGGCAACUGCAGAACGGAUCGAGCGGUUGGAAGUAAGCAGUCUUGCCCAGACUUCCAGUGCAGUAGCAUCCAGCACCGAUGGCAGCAUCCAUACAGACUCUGUGGAUGGAACACCAGACCCUCAGCGCACAAAGGCUGCCAUUGCUCACCUGCAGCAGAAGAUCCUGAAGCUCACAGAACAGAUCAAGAUUGCACAAACAGCCAGGGAUGACAACGUGGCUGAGUACUUGAAGCUUGCCAACAGCGCAGACAAGCAGCAGGCCGCCCGUAUCAAGCAGGUCUUUGAGAAGAAGAACCAGAAGUCUGCCCAAACCAUCCUCCAGCUGCAAAAGAAGCUUGAGCACUACCACAGAAAGCUUCGAGAGGUGGAGCAGAAUGGGAUCCCUCGGCAGCCAAAGGACGUCUUCAGAGACAUGCACCAGGGUCUAAAGGAUGUGGGAGCAAAGGUGACUGGCUUCAGUGAAGGUGUGGUAGACAGUGUCAAAGGUGGACUUUCAAGCUUCUCCCAGGCGACCCAUUCAGCAGCAGGAGCUGUGGUCUCAAAGCCCAGAGAGAUCGCCUCACUAAUUCGGAAUAAAUUUGGCAGUGCAGACAACAUCCCUAAUCUGAAGGACUCUUUAGAGGAAGGGCAAGUGGAUGAUGGGGGGAAGGCUUUGGGAGUGAUUUCAAACUUUCAGUCGAGCCCAAAAUAUGGUAGUGAGGAAGAUUGUUCUAGUGCCACUUCAGGCUCAGUGGGUGCCAACAGCACCACUGGAGGUAUUGCUGUAGGAGCGUCUAGCUCCAAAACAAACACCUUGGACAUGCAGAGCUCAGGAUUUGAUGCACUACUACAUGAGAUCCAGGAGAUCCGGGAAACCCAGGCCAGAUUAGAGGAAUCCUUUGAGACCCUCAAGGAACAUUAUCAGAGGGACUAUUCAUUAAUAAUGCAGGCCUUACAGGAGGAGCGGUAUAGAUGUGAACGAUUAGAAGAACAACUAAAUGACCUAACAGAGCUCCAUCAGAAUGAAAUCUUGAACUUGAAGCAGGAGUUGGCCAGCAUGGAAGAGAAAAUUGCAUAUCAGUCCUAUGAACGGGCCCGGGACAUCCAGGAGGCCCUGGAGGCGUGCCAGACCCGAAUCUCCAAGAUGGAGCUGCAACAGCAGCAGCAGCAGGUGGUACAGCUGGAAGGGCUGGAGAAUGCCACUGCCCGGAACCUUCUGGGAAAACUCAUCAACAUUCUUCUGGCAGUCAUGGCAGUCCUUUUGGUCUUUGUCUCUACGGUAGCCAACUGUGUGGUUCCUCUAAUGAAGACACGCAACAGGACGUUCAGCACUUUAUUCCUUGUGGUUUUCAUUGCCUUUCUCUGGAAGCACUGGGAUGCCCUCUUCAGCUAUGUGGAACGGUUCUUUUCCUCCCCUAGAUGAUGCUGGCACAAGAAGGCAGUGCUCCCCUACCCUAUGGCGAGUGCAUGCAGCGAAGAAUUAGACAGCAACUUACCUACUCUGAAGUUUUCUACAACAACAAGAGUUGAGUGAAUCUGUUUACAUUUAGAAUAAUGUUUUUUUCUUCAAGAGACACAAUUGCAAUAGUAUUUUUUAGAUUUUAUCCAAGAAGUUUUUUGGGCAAAAAUCUUGGAUCAUUUUUAUGUAGCAUGAUUUUCCUUGGGAUGCAAAUCUUAAACAGUCCUUUAACAUGAACCAACAACCUGGAGCACACUGAAGGGCAUUCUAAAUUGUGGCUUGAAGGACUACACUAAAACCCACUAAAAAGAUGCGAAAACCUGAUUAGGGAAACCAGUUAAACCUAACGCCCUGCCCUGUCUGGGCUCACCACCUCGCCCCCUCCCAGACUAACUUUACUGUGAAAUCCUACCACAUUCCAUGUCUGAAUUUUUGGAUUUAGGGUGGAUUUUCCUUGUCCGUGGAAGAACACAUGGAUCUCCCCGGCUUUCAACCCAAGUUGGCCACUCAUGCUAACUGUGGAAGUAUGAUCUCUUUCGAACCUAGUCCCUUAACCUUUGCUAGGAUACAAAAGUGAGAGCAUCAUGCCCCAAAGGAUCACUGCACAGUCCUACUACAGUAUUUCGAAGUAGCCCUCUAAAUAUUUAAUUUUAAGCAAAAUCCCAUGGCCGCACUUUUAAGGUUUUUUUAAAUACGUGUAUAGUCACCAAUUUAAAAAACAAAAAAUCUGAACAGCAUACUU